AUGCAAGCCUAUACCCUGGUGACAGAAGAGGAUAUGAUCAAUGGUAUCUACUCGAACAUCAAUUCCUGCCAAGCUUUGCCUCUACACGGCCCCCUCAAAUAUUAUCAAGGAGCGUACGGUGAAACUGCACUUUAUGCUGCUGCUAGCUCCGGAAAUUAUUCCGCAGUAUUUUGGUUUUUCGGCCUCCCCGAAAUCACCCAUGGCCAAUAUGGACUAUCAGAUCAACGCACAGGAGCAUUUUCGAGACUAGAGCCUGCCACCGCAUUCCAAUUGGAACCGCGCAAUCGAGAGCAGGAACGACGUGUCGCAAGUCCGCUUGAUCCGGUAUAUAUGGAAAACACAGAGCCACAGGAAGCCGACAAGAGAUUGCGUCAAACCAAGCGGCAGAGAAAGAUUGGUACACCAGACCAAUAAGCAUUAAAUUUGUGGCGAUGCCUGCAUCCUAAAUGUUCCAAGCGCACAUUUCGGACCAAGGCCAAUCUAUUACGCCACAGCCGUGAAGUCCACAGGGCUAUAUUGUUGCGAUGCCGGCAUCCUCAAUGUUCCAAGCACACAUUUAAGACCAAUAGCAUUCUGUUACGCCACAACCGUGAAGCCCACAGGGCUUAUGGCCACACAGGCUUUCCGUGUUUAU